AUGCCUAACGAUAACCCUGCCUGUGCUGACUGUAAGGCCAAGAAGAAGCGGUGCAUCCACCGGAACCAACCCGUGAAGGUCGCCGAGGCUGAAGUCGUUCCAGCCAGCAUGUCUCCCCUCUCCGAUCCCGCCGUUCCAACGCCUGCUCUCACCCCUGCGCCCACUCCUGCUCCUACUCCUGCCGUUGCCCUCGGUGCUGCCACUCGUGGACGCCGCAAGGCCGCUGAGGCUGCCGAGGCCAAGCCCAAGGAGACGAGCCCUGACCCCGCUCCCGCGGAAUCCAACGACGAGCUUUCUUCUGUGCCCUCUGGACCUGAGGAGCAGCCGGUGGUCAAGAAAUCCAUCAAGCGUCGCCGUCCCAAGUUCGCCAAGUCGCAGAACGGGAUCCCUGACUUCCCCGCCGAUUCUCUCCAGGCCGCUUCCACCAUGUCCGUGCACCGCGUCUGGGCCCGUGAGCUUGAGGGCAACCUUGAGGAACUUCAGAGGAACUUGCAGGCCUUUGAUGACGCUCACCGCGCUACUAUGGCCUCUGCCCAGAAUAUCCAGCGUACUGUCGACGGCUGGAUUCAGACUUGGGCCGCCACUGGUCGUUAA